AGCCACCCUAGGUUUUUAAGUGCGUGCGUGUCUCCUGGAAGGAUUUGACCAGAGAGAGAGAGAGAAGUCUGCUGCUGCUCAUUUCAAGAAAUCCUCCCACCACUAGCCUAUCAACAGUGUUAUUGGGUGCCCCCCCCUUUGCAAAAACAGAAAACAAGAUACUUCACCAUGCUGCAGUGUUCCCUGGGCUUUUGCAAGCAAACGUGCACCAAAGGAAAGUAAACUAAAAGCAAGACCCCGCCCCAGCGGUGGGGGUUGGAGGGGCUUGGUGGAUUUAAAAUUUAAAAUUUAAAAAAAAAAAAAACUUGCCGAAAUCUGGACUUGGAGGCGGCCGGAGCAGGAAGAUUUGCCGGCACUGCAAGUGUCCCCAGGCAGAGCACUUUGAAACAGUGAUGCCUUUGGAAAUGGAGAAGACCGUGACCAAGCUGAUGUUUGACUUCCAGCGGAAUUCGACUUCGGAUGACGACUCAGGUUGUGCCUUGGAAGAAUAUGCUUGGGUUCCUCCAGGGCUGAAGCCGGAACAGGUUCAUCAGUACUACAGCUGCCUCCCAGAAGACAAAGUGCCCUACGUGAACAGCCCAGGGGAGAAAGCCCGUAUCAAACAGCUCCUUCACCAGCUGCCGCCACACGACAAUGAGGUACGAUAUUGCAACUCACUGGAUGAAGAGGAGAAGAGAGAACUCAAACUCUUCAGCAAUCAGAGGAAAAGGGAGAACCUGGGCAGAGGCAAUGUUCGACCCUUUCCAGUCACCAUGACUGGCGCCAUUUGUGAGCAGUGUGGAGGCCAAAUCAAUGGAGGAGACAUAGCCGUCUUUGCAUCGAGGGCUGGUCAUGGAGUUUGCUGGCAUCCGCCAUGCUUUAUAUGCAGCGUCUGCAACGAGCUGCUGGUAGAUCUCAUCUAUUUCUAUCAAGAUGGGAAGAUUUAUUGUGGCCGGCACCAUGCGGAAUGCCUGAAGCCUCGGUGUGCGGCAUGUGAUGAGAUUAUCUUUGCUGACGAGUGCACAGAGGCUGAGGGAAGGCACUGGCACAUGAAGCACUUUUGCUGUUUUGAAUGUGAAACGGUGCUUGGCGGACAGCGGUACAUCAUGAAGGAAGGGCGGCCAUAUUGCUGCAACUGUUUCGAAUCCUUAUACGCGGAGUAUUGCGAUACCUGCGCCCAGCACAUUGGCAUUGAUCAGGGUCAGAUGACGUAUGACGGCCAGCACUGGCAUGCCACGGAGACCUGCUUUUGCUGUGCACAGUGCAAGAAGUCUCUGCUUGGACGACCGUUCCUGCCGAAGCAAGGGCAGAUUUUCUGUUCGAGGGCGUGCAGCAUGGGCGACGACCCCAACGGCUCGGAUUCAUCAGACUCCGCCUUCCAGAGCGCCAGAGCCAAAGAGUCGCGGCGUAGCGCCAAGAUCGGCAAGAACAGGAACAAAGGAGAAGAGGGGGCCCCCAGCCAGGGCAGCAGCCAGCUGCAGGUGACCUCCAGCAGGCUGUCUACGGAUGUGGACCCCCUAUCCUUGCAGAUGGACUUGCUGAGCUUGUCCAGCCAAACGCCCAGCCUCAACAGGGACCACAUAUGGAGGAGCAGAGACGAAGCCUACCACUACGGGAAUAAAAUGGAGCAAAGUCAGUCGCAAAGCCCUCUGCAGCUCCUCAGCCAGUGUAACAUCAGGACUUCCUACAACCCAGGGCAGAGCCCAAGCAGCCAGCAGGAGCUGUGGGGCAAACAUUUCAGCAACCCAAAGAGGAGCUCCUCCCUGGCCAUGAAGGGACACGGCGGCAGCUUCAUCCAAGAAUGCCGGGAAGACUAUUACUCAGGAAGGCUACGCUCGCAGGAGAGUUACAGUGACAUGUCCAACCAGAGCUUCGGCGACACCAGGGGGAGUUACAAGGUCUCCAAGUAUAACCAGGAGGAAGACAGCAGUCGAUCUGCACAGCAGUGCCGGACCAGGCAUCCGAUCAACGCACUGAAGUUCACCGAGGAACUGGCGCCCACAGAACAAACGCCACGGGGUUCGAUGGAGUCCCUCGCUCUUUCCAAUGCCACAGGACUCUCUGCGGAUGGUGGGGCCAAGCGGCAAGAGCAUCUCUCUCGAUUUUCCAUGCCUGAUCUAAGCAAAGAUUCUGGAAUGAAUGUCUCAGAGAAGCUGAGCAACAUGGGGACCCUGAAUUCCUCUGUCCAGUUCAGGAGUGCCGAGUCUGUCCGGAGCCUACUUUCCGUUCAACAGUACCAAGAUAUGGAAGCCAACCUGCACGACCUCACUAACCCCAUUGGGUACAGGGACACACCAUCCCGUGGAAGGAUGCACCAGAGCUUUGACUAUGACGGUGGGAUGCCAGCGAACAAAUUGGCUGGGCAGGAAGGCGCCCGGCAUCCCCCCAUGAGCGAGCACACUCCGAGACGAACUAAUCUCCGAGAUGACGACCGGCGGUAUCGCCCCCACAGGCCCCGGCGGUCAAGGCGCUCCCGCUCAGAUAACGCCCUUCACCUCGCCAGCGAGCAGAGCUACAAGUCGAAGGAAAGGCCCUCUCUACGAGCCAGGGAAGACUACGAUCAGUUCUUGCAGCAGAGGGGUUGCCGAGAGACCGCAGAGCAGGGCGCACGAAGAAAUCUGUAUGGCCAGUGUCCAAGGACCGUAUCGGACCUUGCUUUGCAGAACCACUUUAGCGAAAGGUGGGGACCCUACUUUGCUGAAUACGACUGGUGCUCGACAUGCUCCUCCUCCUCCGAAUCUGACAACGAAGGCUACUUCCUCGGGGAACCGAUCCCGCAACCCAGCCGCCUCCAGUACGUCACCGGUGAAGAGCUCCUUCACAAAUACGGCUCCUACAGCAUGCCUAAGUCUUCCACGCUAGGUGGUCGAGGACAGUUACACAGCCGGAAAAGGCAAAAGAGCAAAAACUGCAUCAUAGCGUAACCACGUUGCCCAAGCACAGUGUUGGAGAAUGUAACUACUUCAUCAACUUGCACUGUUGUAGGUCUUAAAAGUGCUUUUUAUUGUAACGGAAAUACCUAGCGAGCAGGGAGCUGUAAGGAGGAGGUCAUAGACCAGGGUCUAUAAAUAGUCAUAAUCGUUGGCAUGGUGAAUAUGUUUUGCACAUUUAAUUUUGGGGAUGGAGGGAGGGAUAAAAUUUAUUUUAGCAUGUAAUCGUCACAAACUUACCUCCUUCCCACAAGUAGCUGCCACCCACUUAAUACACAGUUCACCCUCA